AUGGCUCAUAUACAUGGUGAAUGGGCUCAUAUACAAAGGGCAAGAAAGAUUAUGACUGGAAGAGGGAUUUGUUCAGAGCAGUACAAUGCUGAAGAAACCACUGGUGUUGUGACAAUAGAGGUUGUAGCAAAAGAGGUUCAGGAGAAGGAACCUAUUGCUGAAGAUACUGCCUGUGAUGUUACAACACAACCUGAGGUAGAACCAGAAGAAGUCCAAGAAUCUAAAACUGAUAACAUGUCUGGUAAACUCAAAGGAAAGGGAGCAAUAGCUGAAGAAUCUAAAGAAAACUCAAGUGAAUCCUCUAGCAGUCACAGAUCAGAGUUUGAUGAAGUCCCAGAGGUGACAGUCCAAAAGAUACUAAUAGACUUGAAAAACUCUGGAAAGAAACCAAGUGUUGAAGAUGAUGACUAUGUUCCAUCACCUAUUGCAACAUCAGAGAGUUCACACAGUACAUCAGAGAGCUCACACAGUUCAGAGGAUGUUCCCCUGAAGAACAAGAUUGAGGAACUCAGGAAGAAGAAGAAGACUGAAGGAAACUGUAAGGAGAAAUGGAAGAUUAUUAGCAAGAGAGGAGUAAUUGCAGAUAGGGUCAUUGAUGAGGUUGCAUUUGAUCAGUAUGGAUUGAUAGAUUUCUUAACUGAUAAGGGGCUUAUGAAGUCUGUUACUUAUGGGAAGAACUACAACCCUACUCUUGUUCAGGAGUUCUACAGUAAUCUAUCCCCAGAAAUCAAGUCUCCCAGGGCAUCAGGCUACCAUAAAAUCUUUUUGAGAGGAAAGACUGUAAAGUUUUCACCAGAGGGUAUUAAUGAUUUCUUGGAGUGUCCUACAGAAGUUGAAAACGGAGCAUAUGUGUACAAUGAUGAUUUUGAAUAUUCUGAUGAAAUAGUGGACGCACUAACUAGUGGUAAAUGCAGCACUUGGGGAUCAGAAGCAAGGCUCUCUACCUCAAAGUUGACAGUAAAGUACAAUGUAUUGUUCAAGUUGGGUGGGCUUUCAACUGGUUUCCUACUGCCCAUACCUCAAGCAUACUGA